AUCUUCAGUUCCAACACAACCACACGCGCACUCAGCUCAAACAAAAAGAAACAAGAAGGUUGGUUUGUGCACAAAAAUGGCAGGCAUUGACAAGGCAUCACCAGCACUGAAGCAAAUUCUGCUCAAGAUCUACCGUGCUGAGUAUCCAAUUGAAGUUGAUCAUUGCUUGCAUGAAUUUGGAUCCGUGGAAUAUCGCAUUCAGUCUUCAGCAUCAGAUCCCCAGCAUACUUACUUGUCCAUAUCGACUCCACUUCUAUCUCAAGGGAUUCUACUUUCGUAUGGACUUCCGCGCUAUACAACAGAGUUGCUUAACAGGAUUUAUUCUGAUGUCGUAGAAUUAGAAGAACCUGCAAGAGAAGGAUUCCAGCUGACUCUUAGAAUUAACCUAGGCAAAAUUCCGAAGAAGAAAGACGCGGAAAAGGUGAUAACAGAAAUUUCAUCAGUACAAGCAAUUAUACUUGGCUCUCAGCUGAAGGAAAUGUUAAAAAAUGUCAACUCUCAGGAGGUAUCUCGAGGUCCUUACAGACCAAUCAAGCUUGUUUAUCAUCCGAGGGAGCCUUUCUUUGUUGUCAAACAGGAAACAAGUGUAAUCACAAUUUUUCCAAUUCGUUUUAAGGAAGAUUCAGACGUGAUUAUAGCAACAUCUUUCUUUCAGGAACUCAUGGAUGUCGGUAGUUCAGGAGCUUUUCUUAAGGCACCUCCUUGCCACUGGUCACCUAUUCCACCACAUGAGUUAAGAGGAGAGCCUAUUGAUGAACUGAGUACCAAUGGAGGUUUUGUUUCUUUCGAAAUUUCCUCACGCCAUGUCGAAGGCAAGAAACUGGAAAAGAUGGUCUGGUGCCUCUUGAAUUUCUACGCAUUUCUUAAAAAUCAUGUUAAGAGUACCAGAGGUUUCAUACAAAGACGGAUGAGAAGACGCUUGGAAAGCUUAGUUGAGGUCCUGCAAAAAGCAAGCAAAGAAGAGGAUCAUAUCAAAAAACCCCAGGAACGUGGCCACAAGAGGAGACUGAUUAUUUUUUCAAGAUCGAGGUUCUUUAGGAAAAGAUUCAAUUUCAAAAAACAAAUGAAGCAUAUCCGCUCUAGAAUCAAAAUUCAUGGACUGGCUCGAUUUCGCAGACGAUGGUUCAGACUCCCUACAUUCGAUUCUGUAAGAAGAUAUACAAAACUACGACAAUGAUGCACUGAAAGAAUUUACUUAAAGAUAAUAUUCUCCUGGAAACAACAUGAUUUUUGGUUCUGCUUAAGUUUUUUCUUAUGGUUCUGGCUAAGAGUGCCUCGUAGCUGAAGCCAUUUGAUUCAGAAUCUCUGUAUAUCGGAAACUUUAGAACAAGCUCCAGCUACGUACACAGUUGCACAGUUUAUGAAAUUCUAAUUCUAAAGUUAGUCAGCGAAAUGGCACGCCGAAGUUCACAAGGAGGGCAAAGAUUCGAGAGAUACGGCUUUAAUGAAGUUCUCUCGCAGUGUACUUGUGUUCAAGUGCGGUUUACUUAGUUUGCAGAUAGUGCGUGAGCUCGUGAGUUUACACGGUGCGCACCCGAAAAGUAGGGCUGCGGGUUUAAAAAAAAUAUAAGUAUAUUGAUUCAAUUGUUUUUUAUUCUAGGUACGCACUACGCAGGGUAAUGUAUGUUAUUCCACCUGAUAUUUGGAUUUGGUAUGAAUUAGUGAAUACGAUUUAUUUUUUACUAAAAAAAAAGCAUUUGUGUCCGGAGUUUGUAUUUUGGUUAUUUAGAUAGACGUGUUUGUGA